AUGUUACAAGUUAUAAGAGCAAAGAAAUGCCUUGUCAGCGGGGUGUAUAAGAUUAUAGCGAAAGUCCUGGCAAACAGGUUAAAAGAGGUGCUGGGGAAAGUAGUGUCCAAGUUUCAGAAAGCAUUUGUAAAAGGGCGUCAGAUUUUGGACUCUGUGCUUAUUGCGAAUGAAUGCAUAGAUUCAAGAAUGCGGCUUAGGGUCCCAGGGAUGUUAUGUAAGAUAAAUAUUCAGAAGGCUUAUGAUCAUGUAAAUUGGGGAUUCCUGUUGUAUAUGCUUAGGCGUGUGGCUUUGGGGAUAAGUGGUGUAAAUGGAUUCAAUUCUGUAUUUUUACUGUUUCAUUCUCAGUUUUGGUCAUCGGAACACCCGAUGGUUAUUUCUAGAGAAGUAGAGGCUUGA